AUGGUAUAUAUCGCCCACAUAUGGCGCCGCCACCCACAGCCCAGACACCAUACCAUUCCCAUAGUAUUUUCUCCACAAACACAGAAUAUUCUGAUGAAUGAAAGGGGAUACAAAGAUUGUUUGCGUUUAUACCACUACGUGGGCGCUACAGGCAUUACUACUUGUGUGUUUGCGCCCAAUAUUUUUGGCGAUGACAACGGCAACGACACACAAACCUCCAGCAGUCGACAGGAUAUUGCACUGGCAUUAGUCGGACAAAGUUUUAACCAACAAGAAUAUAUCAAAUAUUAA